GAGGUCUGCAAUUACAUCUCGCCAUAACUGGUCACUCUGCAAUUACAUGCUCCACCACAGAAUCUCCCCCCUCCUCCUCUGAAAAGCACCACUGCUCAUAUGGCAGACCGAAAUAGAAUAGUUUCAUGUCUGUUUGGAUGGCGGCCCAGCUGAAACUAUGCUCCGCUGCUUGACUGACAGUGGGAUGUGGACUUUUUCUCCCCAAGAAAAACCUUUAAGGCCAGUCGCGUUUAGUCUCUGAGCAGUCCUACUCCAGCAGGCGUUGGUGGUGGUUGGCCCAGCUGGGCUCCAAGACGGGAGACAGAAACAAAGUUAGAGUGAGUGAAAAAGAGGACAGAGACACACGGUUUGCAGUGAAGAGGACAAGAACCCCAAGCUGUAACUAUGAACCCUCCUGGGAACACUUAACCUUUCAGUCACUGACCAAGAGAAUGGGUGCUGAGCUGAAGUAAGAUGGCCUCGGACAGAAUGGCGACUCCUCAGAGCAGCUCUAGACAGAGCAGCUCGCUCUCUUCAUCCCCUAUGAGUACCCGCAUGCAGUCUCUCCAGGUCGACUCAGUCCAGCGCUGGAUGGAGGACCUCCGCCACAUGACAGAGGUAGAGUGUAUGUGUGUCCUCCAGGCCAAACCCAUCGGGGUGGAGGAGGACUCUCAGCAGGGAGAGCUGAUUGUGGCGUCCGGGGUCGGUGCAGGGGACCACGUGGCCAGGAACAACCUGCAGACACUCCUUCGCCGCGCCCUGGUGGUCAGCACGGAAUUAGGCAAGAUGUUCCAGCGACUUGAGAAAGGGCGCUGGCAGAGGGUCCACAGCACAGCCGUAAGGGCCAACUGCCACGUGCGUUCCCUGGUGCAUGAGUACAGCGCCGCCCGAAGCACACCACCUGAGAUGCAGAAGUAUGAGAAAUCUCUGCUGGAAAAAUGUAUGGAGCUGACCAAUAUUACAGAGAGGUGCCUCCACACUGAUGAUGAAUUCUUCCUGAAGUCCAUGAGGGAGGCCAUCCAUGAAAUCCUUACAGACGUCAGUGAUUCCUUCAGCAACAUGAUUGACAUGGCUUUAGCCAAUGAGAUUCGGGUCCUGAUCAAACAGAUUGACUCAUCAGACAAUGUUCACACCAUCGGUAGUGCCAUUAGCAACCUACUGUCCCUCACCCAGGAUGGACCUCAGCUCUGCAGCAUCAUUGCCAAGGAAGGAGCUGUGGUGGCCCUCUUCAAGAUCUGCAGGCAGGACCGCUUCAGAGACCUGUACGCUCACGCUCUGAGGACUGUGGCCUCCAUCUGCUGUGUGGAGGAGGGCAUCAACCAACUGGACAAGGUGGAUGGCAUCCUGUGUCUGGCAGACAUCUUGACUGAUGAAAGCAGCGUGGAAGCAGCCAGGGCAGAGGCAGCGGCGGUUGUAGCUCAGAUCACCUCACCUCAUCACACAUCCACACAGCACCUCGCCAGCUUCCUGGAGAGCAUGCACGACAUCGUCACCGCGCUCAUCAAGUUGUGUGAGAGUGCCUCAUGUGGUGAAGUAUUCCUCCUGGCAUCUGCAGCCUUGGCCAAUAUCACCUUUUUUGACAGCAUGGCCUGUGAGAUUCUCCUGCAGCUAAACGCCAUCCAGAUCCUGCUGCAGGCCUGCAGAGACCGCCAGAGAGUCGACACACCCUACUCCAAAGACCAGGUGGUGACUAUCUUGGCAAACCUGUCAGUUUUAGAGCAGUGUGCUUCUGAAGUCCUGCAAGAACAAGGAAUAGAGCGACUGCUGCUUCUGCUAGGAGAAAAGCCGUCCUCCUCCAGUCCAUCAGAGGGCGCCGCCUGUGAGCGUGUUCAGCAGAAAGCUGCUGUCACACUGGCCCGUCUAAGCAGAGACUCUGAUGUGGCUCAAACAGCCAUCCAGCUAAAAGCUGUUCCUCGUCUUAUUGAACUGUGUCGCUCCCCUACUGAGAGAAAUAACAGUGACUCAGUGCUGGUCGCUUGCCUGGUAGGUAUAAAGUGUGUGUUUCUUGUGUGUGCAGCCUCAUAAAUGUAAAUAACUCCAUGUCCUGAAUACAAAUAUAUCAUUCAAACAUUCAAACUGCUUAUUGCACUAUUACCUGCACUCGCUUUAUAGUACAAACUGAGGGCACUAUACUAUAGGGCUCCACGUGUAACAUCAGUGCACCAAAUGACUGUCCAAUUUAAUUACAUCCACAGGGCAAUAUCUGAAAAUCAUCACAACUAACCAGUAUCUUUAAACCAUGUUGAGAUAGCUGACACAUCAUCUCAAACAUUGUAUGUUUAAAUAUGUACAUAUCAUGAAUAAUCUCCCUGCUUGUACUUUAUCAUUCUCUAAUUCUGAUCAUAAUUAUCAAGACUAGAUCUUAGGGCCGAUGAGGGGAUUUGAAGCGCAUAAUGGUCAGGGGCUUAAUUGGGCUGCCUCGCUGCGCCCAGAAAUGCCCUCUUCACUGUAACCACAUUUGUCAGUCUAUUCAAAUUAAUGUGAUUCCAUUUUAUCCUUUUAGCCAAGGGUUAAGUAGAGCAUUUGUGGGUGUUGAAUUUUUACCUUCAAAGGAGGCUGAGCUUUCACAGAUCAUUUGUAAUUUUAAAUGUAAAUGUUGGAGGCUCUCCUGGCUGAAUUAGUUUGAGACGUCACACACAGCACUGAUGCUCUCCUGAAAUCACAUGAGAUGUUGAACGAAAAAUCACAGUGUGUUAUUAAAACACACUGCUUGCUUGGUAGGGUUGAAUUUAUUACAGUAUUACUACAGUUUGCUGUUGUUUACUGUAAACCUGCAGGCACAGAAAGUUUUUUUUAUUUAACUACAUUAAAUAUGCACAGUUGAAAUUCUGCCUCCCCACUUGAAAUUAUUUUAAUCUAUGUGUUUGAAUAUAGGAGUACAGC